AUGGACAGCAGGAAGAUAAACUAUAAUGAGAAACAUCAGCAACACAAAAUCAAGCUUCAAAAAGUCAAGUAUCGUUUAACGAAUGAAGUAGAACUACGAGAUAAGAGAAUUAACGAAUUUGAAGAUGAAAUUGGAAUCUUGCAACAUAAAAUAGAAAAGGAGAAGGCAAUACAGGACCAGAUCACUGCCCAAAAUGAUACCCUGCUUCUAGAAAAAAGAAAACUUCAGGAGCAAGUCAUAGAGCAAGAACAGUUGAUCCACAGCAACAAAUGGACGAUAUCUUCCAUCCAGAGCAGGGUACUUUACAUGGAUAAAGAAAAUAAGCAAUUACAGGAAAAUAGUCUUCGUCUCACACAGCAGAUUGGCUUCUUAGAGCGAAUUAUAAGGAGCAUCCAUAUUCGCAGAGGAGAGAAUCUUAAGGAGUUUCCUGUUCCAAAAUGGUGGCAUAGAGGCAAGCUGGCUUCUCUCCCCGCAACAAAGAAACGGAAAGAAAUAUACAGCACUGAGGUCUGCACCCGCAACAAUGCAGAACUCCAGCAUGAGGAUGAGUCCGUUCCCAAGGCCACCGAGAAGUGGAAACACUCUGAGCAGAUGGAAACAACAAUUAGUGACAUCCUUGAAUCUGAAGUAGUGAAUGAAAUACUGCCUUUAUCAAACUCCAGUUUUUCAGGAAAAGGUCUGGUAGAGUCAUUUGUAAGUCUUCAAGAGACUGACGACAUUAAGUCAAAAGAAGCAAUGGCAAGUUCAAAGUCCCCUGAAAAGUCCCCUGAGAAUCUUGUGUGUUCACAGAAUUGUGAGGCUGGAUACAUAAAUGUGACUUCUCUGAAAGAGACACAUGGUAUACAAGAACAAGACCAAAAGUCAGAACUAUAAAAUCACUGGUGCCUAAAGCUAUACUGAACAAAACUGCUAACUUAAAGCCUGGACAAAAGGUGGACCAUGACAUUGAGAAGAGUUACCACAGAUCCCAAAUGGAUAUCAGCCAAGAGUCUUCAAAAUUGCUGAUAAAUUCAUUAAAGCAAUUCUAAAAAUGGA